GCUACAAGUGUAUUUCAAAAUUUCAGUGAUCAAUCAGCUCUCAUUACGCUCGGACGUGUUCUCGCUAUGUCGCUUUAUCACUGCUCGGAAUGCAAUUCGGACGUCACUGCCGCUCAGCUUCGUUGCUUUGAUGCUGUUCGGUGUUCUUCUAUAUGUCGACGUGCGUUUCAUUUGACGUGCAUUGAUCUGCACUCAGAUGCCGUAAAACUGUUAAUAAAUCUGCCUAACCUGUUAUGGCAGUGUGAUAACUGUGUGGUUUCUAAUGACUCGCAUUCGAAAAUUGACGAAAUUAAUGAUAAGGUUCUGAAGCUUGAAAGCCUUUAUCGGGAUCUCAAGUCGGACUUACAGGGCCUUUCCGUCAAUCCUAAGCGGGUGAAGCCUACUAGGAAAGAGGCCAACAAGCCCAUGCCAGCGGCUGACUUUUUGUCUCCGCGACUAGGGGCCGCCACCUCGACGGCGGUCAUUGAACCGGAAUCAGCUGCUGCUCUUCCAUUAGAUUUGGAUGGCUUUGUCACAGUGAGAAAGAAGGAGAGGAAGAAUAGAAACAAAAACACUAAGCGUUUUGUUGGUAUUGCUCCGAGCUGUGAGCAGCUAAACGUUAUGCAGAGUAACAAAUACAUGCAUAUCGGUAAAUUUUCUACCGCGACGGAGCCAGAGGCGGUGGCAAAAUUUGUUGCCGAACAACUUAAGGUGCCGGUAGCGAAAAUUUCUUGUACGAAGCUAGUCAAGCGAGAUGCUGAUAUAUCUUCGUUAAAGUUUGUCAACUUCAAACUUGGGGUCCCUGAGGAUCUAUUUGCUGCUGUCUUUGAGGACAAGUUUUGGCCUGUCUCAGUAAGGGUUUCCCGCUUUGUACAUAGACAGAGGCCGGACGCUGACCUGACGGCAGUAGAUCUCCGCGCUAUCGUACCGUUGCGGACGUCCACGCCCACUCAGGAAGGUCCAGUUCCGUCCACUUCAAAAAACCCCCAAUGAGCGGCGCCUCUGCGUUCAUGAUCGGCGCUUUUCAACAGAAUUUUCUACCUGCACCUGUUCGCCUCUUUGCUGUGAGCAACCGCCUAUGCGAUCAUAUUUGGCAUUCCCCGUCGACGCAACAACUACAACAUAUGCAUUUUUCGCGCUGCGCUUUGUGCGGCAUUCGCUCGGCUGCUGCUGGAUCGGAUGUCGAUGCUCUUGCUGGCGCUCUCUUUCGACUGCCACCACUGUCAACACAUUCAGGAAGAGUGGGUCUCCCAGCACCGUUCCCGCCCAGUCUACUCGAUGGGGAUGGGCUGCUGAUCCGCACUGCGACGAUUCGGCAGGCUUCCCAUGUGAGUCUGGCCCCUGUUGCUCAGUGGAAACUGCCUGGUGCUGCUCUGGAGCCUCCUCCCGUGGCCACUGGCCGGACGUCAUUGCCACUCUCUGGGACCAUGCUGAUGGACGGGGCCAAAUCCAUUCGCAUUUUCUUUCAAAAUAUAGCAGGUAUGCGCACUAAGGCUCAGGCUGUCUACUUGGCAACCUCUACGUGCGAUUUCGACGUAAUCAUCUUGGUUGAAACCUGGCUCAAUGAAAACUUCUUCGACAACGAGUACUUCGAUCCCAACCUUUUCCAAGUGUUUCGUAAGGACAGAGAUUGUGCCAAAACGAAGCGUCGGAGAGGAGGUGGUGUCAUUGUGGCCGUCAGACGCACCCUACGCUGUGAUCCGAUUUGUCUCCUUGAUGGUGACUCUAUCUUGGAUCAGAUUGGUGUGUCAGUGGCCGGUCAGUCGGAGACGCUAUGUAUCAGCGCGUCGUAUAUUCCACCGAAUAGCAGCUAUGAAGUCUACAAGGCGCACACGCUGAAUAUUGCCAACAUAUAUGGUAAUCUACGAGGCCGUCAGCAUCUUUGCGUAGUUGGCGAUUUUAAUCUGGGCUCCUUGGUAUGGUCCGCUGAUCCGCAGUCUGCGGCUAUGAUGCCGAGUAAUGCGCAUUUACAGCACGAAGUUCUUUUUCUGGAUGACUGUUAUAGUAUGGGCUUAACCCAAAUAAAUAAUGUUUUUAAUAGCUCAAAUUUCGAGCCAUACACAGUUUGGCAUGAUUCUGAUGUCUUAGACUCUAUCCCUUCAGUGGUCAAUAUUGGCUCGCUUGAUGUAUCGGAGGUGGACAUUUUGGAGGCAAUUGCUGAUUUCGACAACUCAACAUUCAAUCUUCUGAGCAUUUGCUUUAUGCUGAUGAUCUGA